UCCUAGAGCCUGUCCGAUCAGUUUCCAGUUGGAGUCGACCGUGAUCGUUGGAACUUGGUCCAAGUGCUGUGGAGCGAAGUGAACAUUUUAAGGCAGUGAUUGAAGCGGGAAACAGAAGCUGUUGUGUUACUAAGGAGGUGUUUGUUAUAGAAGCUCUUGUAAACUGAGGAAAAAAGUUGUUGUUUGAAGGCGUUGUUGCUAUAAAUAUUUGUGCACUAUCAAGAUGUACGGAAGGCAGGAUUCUUUAGGGCCAACCCUAAAGGAGGGCGGAUCCUACAUCAUGGAAGGACACGAGUCUGCCGAGGCGAAGAAUGUCAGCAUCAUCUUUUCGCCGCAGCAAGAGGAAGCCGGUGCACUGGCCAAAAUGCUGAAGAUCUUCGACGAGCAUAGAGUGAACUUGCUGCAUAUUGAAUCGCGAUCGUCCACCCGUGGACCGGGGUACGAGUUCAUGGUUGAGUGCGACAGCAAGAGCCAGAACCUGAGUGCGGCCAUCGAGGCCGUGCGAGACAAGAGCGACUACUUCAACAUCAUUUCGCGUGAUUACAAGGAUAAUGAGGCUACCGUACCAUGGUUCCCGCGGCGUAUUCGAGACUUGGACCGCUUCGCCAACCAAAUCUUGUCCUAUGGAGCUGAGCUGGAUUCUGAUCACCCUGGUUUCACCGAUGAGACAUACCGUGCCCGUCGUAAGUACUUUGCGGACAUUGCGUUCAACUACAAGCACGGCCAACCGUUGCCGCAUGUCGACUACACCGAGGAAGAGACCAACACUUGGAAGGUUGUUUUCCAGAACCUGACCAAACUGUACCCAACGCACGCUUGCCGGGAACACAACCACGUGUUCCCUCUGUUGAUCGAGAACUGUGGCUACAGGGAGGACAACAUUCCCCAGCUGGAGGACGUGUCCAACUUCCUGAAGGAUUGUACCGGUUUCACACUACGUCCGGUGGCUGGUCUGCUGUCGUCGCGUGAUUUCCUUGCGGGAUUGGCAUUCCGGGUGUUCCACUCGACGCAGUACAUCCGCCACCCGAGCAAGCCGCUGUACACCCCGGAACCGGACGUGUGCCACGAGCUGUUGGGUCAUGCGCCGCUGUUUGCCGAUCCGUCUUUUGCGCAGUUCUCGCAGGAAAUCGGAUUGGCGUCGCUCGGAGCCCCCGAUGAGUUCGUCGAAAAGCUGGCCACGUGCUUCUGGUUCACGGUUGAAUUCGGCCUGUGUCGCCAAAACGGCGAACUCAAAGCCUACGGCGCCGGUCUGCUGUCCUCGUUCGGUGAGCUCCAGUACUGCCUGUCCGACAAGCCUGAACUCCGUGAGUUCGAUCCACAGCUAACGGGCGAACAGAAGUACCCCAUCACCGAGUACCAGCCGGUGUACUUCGUGGCCAACAGCUUCGACAACGCCGUCCAGAAGAUGGUGGCCUAUGCCAACACGAUCCCUCGUCCGUUCGGCGUCCGCUACAACGCCUACACCCAGAGCGUGGAGAUUCUCGACUCCAAACCGCAGAUUUCCAACCUGAUGCGCAACAUCCACGGUGAAUUUGAAAUCCUGCAGAACGCGUUCAAGAAAUUGUAGGCAGUCUAGGCAGCGGCUGUAAGUGUUAAGUUUUAAACAAAAUAAAUACUUUUAAGCUUAUCAUCAAACAUAGAAAAAUUGUUAUUAAGAAUGCAAAAUUUAUGAAUAAGACUGUGCCAAACGAUUGAAACCAA